UAAAUAAAACUAAAACAGCGCUUCUUAUCUUGUUUCCAAUAGCCUAGCAGUGAAGAAGGGAGUUCAAGAAUGGUUGCUCAAUCUUCAGCGCAAUCAAUGGGUGAAGCAUUAGGAGAGAAGAAAAAUUGUGUGGUAUCAAACUGUUUAAUUUCACUACCCUUUUCAACCCCUCCAUUCUUCAAACAACUCCCAAAAUCAAAUCUACAGUUGGCACCAAAUGCCUUUCUUCAUCUUCACAACUCCUUACUCUCCACAGCUGAGAAAUGCUUCAGCUUGCUGCAUUCUUUUGUUGCCACUCAACCCCUUUUCAACAAAAUCAUGAAAUUCUCUUCUCAUUUCUCUCAGGUACAGUACAGGACUUACCAGAACUUGGGUAAUCUGUCCCAUCACAAUUUUGCAGCUGUCUUGCCUGGUGACUCAGUUGCAGGAAUUGUUGUUGCAAAUGGAGUUAUAAAUUUCUUGAACAUCUACAAUUCAUUGCUGGUUGUCAGGCUUAUUUUAACCUGGUUCCCAAAUGCUCCUCCUGCCAUUGUCAGUCCCCUCAGCACUCUAUGCGACCCAUACUUGAACAUAUUCCGUGGGAUUAUUCCACCACUUGGAGGGACUCUGGAUCUUUCACCCAUAUUGGCAUUUCUUGUUUUGAAUGCCUUUACCAGCACUGCAUCUGCACUUCCUGCUGAACUUCCAUCCACAACUGUGAGAGCUUCAUCAGAUACAACACCUCGUGCACCAGUAUUUCAUCUUACUAAUUCGCAGAAGAAAUGGAUGAGGAGACUUUCUGGAAACAAGUCAAAGACUGCUGAUGCUGAAAGUUAAGCCGGUUUCUGCUAAUCAUUCAUGUAUUCACCAAAUGCUAAGCCAUUCUCUGUUGACACUACAAUUUGCGAUUAAAAUGUAAAUGUACUAUAAAUUGGAUUUAUUUUUUCAUGUAAACCAGUAAGCUUUUCAUCAAUCUAUCAUGUAAAGAAUUUCGUCAGUUCA